GCAAAAUUGACUUGAUAUUCCGCUUCAAAUUUGUCACAGGUAAGCAAACUUUGGUUGAUUUCAGCCAAAUAUUGUAUUUUUUAUGCUUCAAAAUAUUGGGCCAUUGUUGCUUACACUGAUCUUUAAAUAGAUCAGGUUGUAUUUGCGUAAAAAGCAAGGUGAAAGGCCACGUGUCAAAUGUGGCAAGCUUUUGGAAUAAAAAUUCGAAUUGCAUUAUGAACAUAGAAAUAAAAUAAAAACUGCGACAGAUAAAUAUUGAUAUUUAUAAUUACCAAUAUCAAAUACUUGAUUUAUAAAAGAAUCAAAGAAUGUUCAAGUAUAUCAAGUGUAUUAAUACGAAGUUGAUUGUUUAUGAUCCGAUCCAUCUGAAUAAAGCUCCAGAAAAGGACUCAUUGUAUUCUGAAUGAAUAGUAUUUGGUACCUCUGCGAGCAAUUUAAUACAAUAAAUCUUUUUGAACAUGCUGACCAAUGACAUUAUUAAGAUUGCUUCCAUUAAUUAGAAUUCUAUUUAUAAUGAUGUAUUCAAACAUCUUUUUUUGGUUGGUUUAAUAAGAUUUUUUAAAAUAUCAAAUAUUAAAUAUUUUUUAAGCAAAACAUCAACCUACCUGCAAGAUUGUUUGACAGUUGUACUGUAAUUUGUGUUUGUAAUACUAUACACGCACAAUGACUAGGUAAGAUUGUUAAUCUCCAGCACAAUGGUAAUAUUUCUGGUACUGCGCGAUGGCAAGGUUCAACUUUCAUAUGUGGCCAUUCACACAAAUACAACCCAAUCUAAGAUCAGUGCGAGCAACAAUGGCCCCUUUUCAAGCGUAUAAAAUAAUAUUUGGCUGAAAUCGGGUAAAGUUUACUAAUACCUAAACAACGGAAGAAAAUAAUAUUUGGCUGAAAUGAAUUAAAGUUCGCAUACCUCUGACAAAUUUAAGAUUCUAUGCUAUAAUGUUAUGUAUCAUUAUGAUUAAGACUCUCAAAUGAUGUUGGGGAAAAUCCAGGUCCAUCAAUUUUAAUGAAAUAGUUGAUCCUACUUUUACAGUUUGUGCAGACUUUAACCCAUUAAGUGCCAGCGCUCUCCCCUUGACAGGUGAAAUCAUCUAGCGUUAGACACGGUAAAAUAAUUUAGCGUUAGACAGAGUAAAAUAAUAGAGUAGGGUGCAUCAGGGCACAAUACGACUCAAUGGGAUAAUCACGGAAAUGCGUCGAUGUUUGGAAGUAACACUGCAUGGUAAACAAUGUGUUGCAGUGUCGAUCCAUGCGAUUGUAUACAAUGAAAUAAAGUCUAUAAUCAACACGGAGACAACUAUGAAUAUAAUUCUAAUUAAUGGAAGAAUCUUUAUAUUGUCAAUUAAUAGUCGGCAUGUUCGAAGAAAAUUCUUGUUGCUCACACAGGUACCAGAGAUUAUACUUUUCAUUUAGAGUACGUUCAGUGAGUCCUUUUCUGGGGCUUUGUUAAUGGAUCAUAACAAUCAACCUCAAUGUUACACUUGAACAUUAUUUUAAUCAAGUAUUUGAUAUUGGUAAUUAUAAAUAUCAAUAUUUAUCUGUCUCAGUUUUUAUAUUAUUUUUAUGUUCAUAAUGCGAAUUCUAAUUUUUAUUCCAAAUGCUUGCCACAUGUACGCAGUGCGUACCUAUUUUUUAAACAUGAUUAAAAACGUCGCGAGGAAAUAUUUUUUUGCAAAGACAAAGUAAAAUUAAAAUAUCUUACCGUGGUAAACAAUCAAAACGUAUAUGCUGUAUCAUUAUAAGUAAUAGCAUAGAAAAAGGCGAAUUAGCUAUUAAAACGUCCCGCCCGAUGAGGGUCGUUUAGUACUAAUUCCCUUGGGCGCCGCUUUCAAUUUUACUAAAUGACCCGAAUCGAGCGGCUCCCAAGGGAAUUUUACUAAACGAUCCUCAUCGGGCGGGACGUUUUCAAUAGCUAAUUCGCCUCUUUCUAUGCUAUUACCUUGUAAUAUCAUGAUUGCGGGUAUUCCCGUUGCUCUCGCAGGGCCAUUAAAAACCAAUUAACAAUAAAUAAUGGUAUAAAUUAAAUGGUAUAAUUGUUUUCCAUGUCUUUGUUUAGUUUUGGCGAUUUCAGAUAUAUUCAUUUUUUGUAAUCGUACCCGCUUUGACGUCGUUUCGGGUAGGAUUACAACUAAUUCUAUCUGACAUGACGUAAAAGCGGGUAGGAUUAGAAAAAAUGAAUAUAAUGAGGUGUAUUAGUUAUUAAUUGCCCUGCGAGAACAAAGGGAAUACCCGCAAUCAUGAUAUUAUUAUAUAUCAAUAGUCAAAGUCGCAUUUUUCUAGUGUUUUAUUGGUUGAGAGCAUAUCACGUGAGAGUGACGAAAUUAGGAUGUCUCCCUCGCAACAGCGCGAGACGGAGAUAUUAGAGACCUUAAGAUUGACGUUUACGGCAAACGUCAAACCGCUAGCGAAGUUUUUGAUUUUACAACUCUAUUAUUAUACUUUUACACCAGUUUUGAAAUAUGUUAAACUUAUUCAACUUGUGCUCUUUAGCAAUGAUUUAACCACAAAUCAUGCCAUUCACCAAAGCAGUAAAUUAAGAUUUGGCGUUUGAAGUUGACGUUUGACGUAUAAAUUCCAUGCUUUAACGACUAGAAGCCCUCGUAGCAGUUCAAGCAUGAAAUUUAUACGCCAAACCGCCCAAACGCCAACUUCAAACGCCAAAUCUUAAUUUACUGCUUUGGUGAAUGGCACGACUAGUGGUUAAUUUGCUUUCUUAAAUCAUUGCUAAAGAGCACAAGUUUAAUAAGUUUAACAUAUUUCAAAACUGGUGUAAAAGCUAUAAUAAUAGAGUUGUAAAAUCAAAAACUUCGCUAGCGGUUUGACGUUUGCCGUAAACGUCAAUCUUAAGGUCUCUAAAGGCCUGAUUCUACUACGUCAUCAGUCUACGUCAUGAGAGAGCGCGCGCGAGCUAUCUAGGCAAUUAGUGCUUGCGUCUUUCUGGGCAUAAACAACGUGAAGAAAUUUAUGCGAGUAAAUCGUAAAGAAUCGUUCAUCAUCAUCGGUUUGUUGAACAUAAUUUUUGCACAAGGCAAACAGGGAGUAUAUUGUUUUGUUAUUUUGCUAUUUUGUUGUUUUGUUUCUUAUUCUCGUUUAGGGAAAAACGAAUCAAAUGGGCAAUAAAUAUAUAAAUGAUGACAUGCAAUGGCGGGCAGCCACAAACAAAAUUCACGCUUGUGCUCCAGAGUUGAGCGGCAAAUACAAGCAACCCAGUACACCCACAAUGGGGAAAAGCUACCUAUGGUCUAUACAGACCGCUCCUAAGAUGAGCAAGUGAAACUAAAGCCUUAUUAAGGCAUAUGAGGCCAACGGCCAUAUAAAGCCCAACGGGCAAAAUAUCUGACGAGGCCAACAACGGCCAUCCAAAGCCAAUUAAACGGGCAAUGAAGCAAGAAGGCAAUGGCUGUGGAAAGGCCUAUAAAACCAAGAAACAGGAUGCCAACUACCCUGUCCAAAGCCUAACGAGUAAAGGCAAAAGGUACACAUGGUCAACGACCACAUUGUUGCUUCAGCAACUUGGGAAAGUACCGAGAGACGCCAUUGUUGUGCUGCAUGGGCGCCACGUCAAGGUCAUGCCUCAUGGCAUGUAUGUCCACAAUUAUAGCAGACAAUAUUGUGCUUAUUGGACCGAAAAGCUAAUGCUUUUUCACACAGCUAGGAAGCUAGUCCAUUAUUUUAUUGCACACAACUGUAACGCAGAAACUGAUUGGAUUUUUCCAAUGUCAACGACAUAAAAAUGUCAUUUGUGAAUUGUGGCGUGUGCCGUGUGGAUAUAGUCCAUUGCAUGUAUAUACACAUACAUUACCUAAUGAAAUCUACAAUAAUAUUAUAAUGUCGUUUAUUGCUGCAAAGCGUUCAGAUUGAACGACAUUUUAUUUGCACUUUUAUAAUACUUUAUAUACUCGAGUUUAUCCUGGGCGAACAUUUUACUUUGUUUACUUGGCGGGAAAUUGCCAGUGCUUUGCCAGUAAUUUAUUCACGUGCUACGCACGAGAGUUAAACAUGGAAGUACAUCAGUACAUGUUACGAGAACCACGCUGAAGAAAUAAACAACUGUGAAACUUUUUAAAGUUUUAUCUUGUGUGAUACAAUAAAUAUAAUAGCAUAGCUAAAUGCCAGCAAAACCGUUGAAACUAGACCUGAAUGCAGACCAGUUUUAACUUGAUUGGUCACUUCCUGUGAUACAACAACAGCAGGGGUGAUGGCUAUCACAUGACAUGUAGCACUACAACCUACAAUGAAUAUUUGCUCAUUUGAAUGUGAACACAAUAGUACAAUGUUCAUUCCAAUUGUUCUUCCACGGCAAGACUAAAGCUAGUCAGCCUAGUUUACUGAUAAUAUCAGUAAUUUUGGUAUUGGCUGGUAUAUCAACUCAACUCACUCCUGGCAUAAAUGCUGUCACUGUACAGCUUGGUACAGUUUGUGGGAAUAGUAUACAUCAUGCAUGCUGUAGCAAUUAUAGCCCCUUUUUACUAUCUCAGUAUAGUAACCUGAUUAGUCACUAGACUGAAGUAGGUUAUUAUCUUUUUCCCAAGUGGGAAUACUGGUAGUGAAAAUCUGAAAUGCUAAUCGAUGCCAGUGGGGCAGUGGCUAUGUUUUGAACCAUGAAACAAACAACUUGACCAGGCCAAUGAGAAAUUUACUGAAUUGUACAGUUUGUACCUGCUUAUUUAAUUAUAACCAUGCAUUAGCAUUACUGGGAUCAGAUUUCAAUUCCUGAUUAGAAUUGAAGGUGUGGUUAAUGUCUGCAAAUCUGCAUCGAGGCUAAUCUUGUUCCCUGAGAACAAAAUUGGACAUCAUUAUCUUAACCUCUUGGGGGCUUUUUGUAUAGCCAAAGCAAUUUGUAUUAAAGUAUAAAGAUUAGUAAUUUGCUAUGCCUUGAAUUUAAGAACAGCAGUGUAGAAUAUUCACUGGUCAUUAUGUAUGGAAAUAUACCCAAUCUCCGCUUCAAGCCAAACAAAUCAGGCCAGACUGGAACAGUAGAGCGGUCUGGUACUCAAUGACAAUGUUUCAUAUAACAAUAACAACACACCAUUGACAUUGGGAAGUUGCACUAUCCUAUUUUGUAAAUCAUUAUCUGUUUAACAUGGCAUAGCCAUAGGCUAAACACCUUGUACAUAUGUCAUAUAUAAUAGACAUAGUCCAUCUGCUGCAAUCACUGUUGUUCUGGACUGCAGGACAAACAUUGCAUUUAUAGAAUGACAUUCAUUCCUUCACAGGACAAUACAAAGACCAAUUACCAAAUAGCAAUGCCUGUGAUGCGAUACUAUUCAGUCUUGGUAAACUCGACUAUACCGUCGGUAUACGUGCUAAUGAGUAAUGGUCAUGUGGUUACCAUGUAAAUGUAUGCAUGUAGAAAGGGCGCAGCGAGAAACUUUGCGGACCAAUAUACCAUGCACCCUGACUCAGGAAAACAUGCAACUGACCGAAAUUUAUUUUCGAAUGUUGCUUUGAUUCUCGCGUUAAUAUGCAAUUGAAGCCAAUAACAAUGUCCCCUGAUUGUUUCAACAGGAUAUCUCUACAAUAAUGUUAGUGUUGUUACUGUUGUAACGGCCCAAGAUCUUUUCCCUUUACCUAUUGUAAGUUUCGGAUGUAAACGUUUCUAUGAUACCUCACACAGUCACAGAACAACAUUGAUCAACCAGUCCUUUUUGGCGAAUUUCUUGUGCACAUACAAUGUAUUUAACACAUAUUUCGUGCCACAGAAAUAUUAAGGAGUAUACUCUCCAAAUACAAAUAGUUGUGGUUAUGACUAUAUGCUCACCGCCUUCACUUCGAAGCCUUAUGGCCUUUAACGGUAUGACUGUAUGUCCGAAUGCCAUCGGCAGCGAGCGGCAUACUACACUUAAUUAUUACACAGACUUCAGUACACAAAUUGGCCAUGGGACCAUAAUAUUGAGAGGGGUGAUAAUAUACAAUAUAUGACAUAUGUAUUUGAAAUUGCUAGACUUAUAGAACAUUGAUGUUAUAUGAAUCAUGCACUCAGAAUCAUAAUGUACUAAUCAGUACAUAUUUGGGCACAUUUGUCUUCCUUUUCAUUGUACAGAAUUAUUUCUGUCUAUCAUCAGCUUCUGAUUUAUAAUAACGACGGAGCUAUGGAACAAAUGCAUAUUUUUGCUUUACUAUAUAUACAUUAAUUUGUGUCAUAUAGAACCCUUAAUCCUUAUAUCAGUUUCAUGAUGCUUGUGAUGUUACUGUGAGACAUUGGGCAGGCUUGAAAAAUAUGCCUGGCCACGGUGGGAAUCGAACCUACGACCUUUGGAAUACUAGCCCAAUGCUCUGCCAAUUGAGCUACGCGGUCAGGUUGGUUCGAGUAUGGAACUGAGUCUAGUUCCUUCGAUAUCAAUGUAAUCUAAUAAUCAUGAUAUUUGCUGUGUUGGUUACGUGAUAUUAGUCAACGCUGAGGUUUCAAUGGUCAGUUCAGCGUUUAUUGCAUAACGGUCUGAUGAUACUGUAAUGACCUUAUAUAUAAUUUGCAAAGAUGUCGUGUGACAUCAGAAAAAAUAUUCAUUUCAAAAUUAGUGUAAGUUACUGCAACCAGGUUUUCAAUUCAGGAAGAGUAUAAAAGUUCUUUCGUCCUUGAGUUAUAAACUCCUCGAUGCCAAUGGCGCUUAUAUUGGAAACGUUUGGCUUUAUGACAGCCUAGAGAUACACUGCAGGCUGUAUGCUUAAUACAAAGAAAAAUUCCGUCUUAUGGUAAAGGAAUUGUGAGUCGUAUCGGUACCAGGGAACAGCCUGGGUACGGGUUUGCAAUCUUAUGGCAACAAUUGUUCAUUGCUUCUUGAUGGCAAUGCAUUUAAUUUAAGGGAAUUUAAAAAGAUUCAUGAGGAAAUUAUCUUUACCUUUAUUUAUUUGGAGUCUACUACUGUUAGCAUUUCUUGUAGACAGAGGAGGUUAGCCCAACCUCACAAUCAAAUGAUUCCCUUUUUUGUAUCUGCCCUUGCGCAGAUGUGAUCAUGUCGGCUCGUUUGUUAGUAGAUGAUAUCAUGGUUUAGUUACUUCGUAAACCAUUGACUGAUCUACUCAUUGGCGUGUGUGUGAACAGGACUUUGAAAUCUCGUGUAAUUCCGUAGUGACGUAGACUGAUGACUUAGUAGAAUUAAAAAUUAAACGAGACUUACCUGGUAAGUUGAAGUUUGAUUGGAAUUCUACAAGUCAUCAGUCAGGAACGGAGGAAUUACAUGACCUGGAUCAGGCAAGCUGAUUCCCUCCCGUCCCAAUUCCUCCGUUCCGUGCUCCUGUUCACACUCACGAUUACGUUGAAUAUUGCCUAGAUAGCUCGCGCGCGCUCUCUCAUGUAAUUCCUCCGUUCCUGACUGAUGACUUGUAGAAUUCCAAUCAAACUUCAACUUACCAGGUAAGUCUCGUUUAAUUUUUAAUUCCACGGGCGCUUUUUCUCGGCGAAAUAUUUCGCCUGUAGUCUUUUGAAUUGUGGGCAAUCAAGUAGAAAUAAUUUAUUCGAGUGGUCGCAAUUCAAAAGAAACAGGCGAAAUAUUUCGCAUUUCGCCGAGAAAAAGCGCCCGUGGAAUCAGGCCUUAAUACGUUAUCGACCGGCGAAUAACAAAAAAAAAUCACGUGCGCCAUCACGUGAAGAUGCGACCUUUGGACAUGCCUAGUACGUAAUUAAAACUUUCGCUUUAAGUAACUGCAGUGUAGCCAGUGUUUAAUAUUUAACAAAUAUAAAACAUUUUCCGUGUUGAUAUACAGUUAUAUGAUAUACAGUUUCCCAAUCAACACGAGUGGAAAUUGGGAAAACGAGAAAUUGGGUGGAAACACGACGCCCGAAGGGCGGAGUGUUUUCACACAAUUUCGAGUUUUCCCAACUUCCACGAGUGUUGAUAUAACGAUAUAUCAAUACGGAAAAAAUGUUUUAUAUUUGUUUUAUAAUAUAGCAAUGUCAAAAGCCCGAAGAAUAAGAAAAAUUUCCGUGUUUACAAGAGGCGGAAAAUUUCCCGUGUUGACAUGGAGUUAAUCAACACGGCUCUUAGCCAAUGCUAUAUUUACAAAUGCUAUAUUAUAAAACGUUUUAACAAUAAAAUAUUUCGUGUAUUUACGUUAAUUUGUUUUUUAAUUUGUUGUUUCUUUGACUAUUGAUAUAUAAUAAAACAAAUAUUUACUGAGACCUCGGGAAAGCAGUGUGUUUUGUGGUCUCGGGUCCACAAAACACACUGUUUCCCUCGGUCUCAGUAAAUAAGUGAUAAUUAUACUUUGUGCUUGCUUUAGGUCCGUCUUCGCUUUUUAAGUUAGCAAAGCGUUGCCUUUUUUGUGAGGUUAAUUUCUUCGGCGUUUUUCGACGUUUUCCAACUUUUUUUCAAUAUUAAUAUUGUUUGUAUUUUGUCAUUCAAACUCCCACAUGAAAAUUCCCCGUGUUCCUAUCGAGUUAUAGAAACACGUUUUUUUUUGUUUUUUUUUUCGCUUUUGACCAACCAGCGCCCGUGUUUUAAAAGGCUAUUUUAUAAAUAUAUAUAAUCUGGUUAUAUAAUUUUACGUGACUUAUUAAUUGGGAUAGGUUGAAGCCAAUCCAUUCCAGGGUGACAUAACAUCAAUUGUACAGUGAACUUUCUUAUUGAAUGUCACAAUGCACAAUUUUAGCAUCAGUUAAAUUAAGGAAAAACAUCAACCGGCUAAACUGGUGUAAUCUUGUUGCCGCUUUGUAUAGCAUUUUGCUGGAAAAUUCGUUUGACUGUUAAUCAGCCGUCGUUUGACAUUAUGCGAAAACGGUUGGCCAAAAAUUGUUAUUUAUGACAUUGAACUGUCGUAUAUACAAUGUUCUCAUUUUGAAAAUAAGCGGCAUCUUAAAAUAGUCAUUUAAUUUUUGCAGUAAUAAUGCAACGAAGUGUAAAAAUAGAAUGACCUUCAAUAUUUUUUGCAAGCGUCUCCAUGCACCAUAGUUGUGUGCUUGUAAUGUUUCAUUCACAUUGUCAGUUCACCCUUGAUAAGCGUUAUGCUUUCGGGGUAAACAAAAACAGUAAAUUUAAAAAAUAAUUAAUCAUUUUAGAUUAUUUUCACUGAUAUGGAAGAAGAAACGAAGGUGUUGUUUGAUAAGCCUUUGGAUGUUCAAAACAACGAGUACAAAUUGUUGCUUAUUGCAAAUGAGUCCAGCGAUGCUGAACUUACUUUAUACAUUUAUCCUGUUUGGGCACAAUUUUGCCUGGUUUCAAUGGAAUCAAAGAUUAUCAAACCCAACACAAAAUACCUUUAUCAAAAUAAAAGCAAAUUUAAGUUGAGGCUGGUCGCCAAAUUUCAUGAUAAUCGUGAAAUGAGAAAACUUUUAGGACCUCAAAAAUGGAUUAAAGACAUUUUAAUUAAGAUCGACAAAUCACUCAAGUGCAUAACAGAAGACUUAGCGAAUGAAGAGAAAAGAAUAUGUCUUCGAAAAUUGCACAGAGAGAAAGAGUUAGAAAAUACGGGCAACCAACACAACUUGUACGAUAUUUUAGGGUUAGACAUGGAAGAAGUCCGCAAAAUGGAAAACGAUGACCUGAAAAAAUCUAUCGAGAAAGGAUUCCGUCAACAAAUGAUAAUCUGGCACCCAGACAAGAAUUUUGGAGAUAAUGAGAUUGCUAAACAGAUUAAUGAAGCGAGAAAGAUUUUGCUGGAUGAUGAAAGACGAUCCCGUUAUCAUAAUGAGGCUGACUACAAUAGAGGGUGGCUGUCUCCUAAACGCUACAAAGCAAUUUUCUGGCCAGAAUGCUGUUCGGACGAACAAAAUCAAGCUUAUUGGAGCAGGCUUAUGAAGAUUGCAGUAACUUUCUCGAUCACUAUUUUCGGAAUUGUCUUAUCCAUAUCCACCGGGUCAGUAGGCUCAAUAUUAGGGGCAGGAUUAACAGCAGGUGGAUUGCAAUCUCUGGAGCUCGCGUUGAAUAAAGACUCUAUCGUGAAUGAGUGUGGCUGGAAGGCGCUGUUAUCCAAGGCUGCAAUUGGAUUUGUAGGUGGUUCUAUUACUGGUGGUGUUGCCGCAGGCAUCACAGCAGGGAUAGCAAACCUUGGAAGCAGCGCGCUUAAAUCAGCUGCCACAAUCAUGGGCGGUUAUGUUGGACUGGGUUCACUAACAGGCGCUCUUGGGGGAAUCACAUCAUCUCUUGCCUCAGACGCCACGAGAAAGUUUGUGGAUAACGAUGAUGUUACUGCAAGGCAAGUCAUUUGUCGUACCAUAUGUGGAGCUGUGAUCGGCGCAACCGCAGGAGCAUUAGGAGGUCUUGUCACACAAAGUGUUAUCAAUCAUCAAGCGUUGUCCGCAGCGUCCAAGAGUCUUGAGUUAGAAAUUGGAAAACAGCUUGCCAUACAGGGAGUAUCAAAAAGUGUUUCCGAUGAGUUAGCUUUAGAUGUAUCUCGUGAAUUUACUGAAUCUGCAACCAAAGCGCUUAUGGGGAGGGCAACCCAGUUUGUCGAAGAACGGUUAGACGAAAAAAUGGAAAACCAACAUCCCAUGAAGCACGUUGGAAACGGGGUAAAAGAUGUCAUAACGUGUGGCAUUACAACUGUUAUCAAAGAAGGGUCCGCCGCUGUGGUAUCUAAGGCAAAGACCGAAUAUAAUGUGAAAUGGAAUGAAGAGGAAUACAAUCCUAUGUCUGUCGGAAGCAACUGCAAUGCAAGUGCGGAUAAAGAGCAGAAUGACUCAAUCAUCGAUGCACAAAGUGGCGAGUCAUCAGCUUCAUUUGAACCAAACAACAACAAUAACAAUAAAGCAUUUAAGCAAAGUCGUAGGUUGGAUACAAGCAAUGAAAAAGAAACCGAUGAAGAAAAACAAUCAAAGACAUUUCAACAGUCGGACAACGUUCAGCAACUAUAUGGAGAAAGUUCAAUUGAAUUUCAACAAUGUGAUGGGACUGAUAAAAUACCACAAGUCCAUCCAUCCAAAAUAAUUUCUGAGAUAGGUUCUGCGGUCAAUGAAAAAUUAGAAGACCAUGAUUCGGACGAAGUAGUUGUCGGCUUUAAACCUGGACAGGAUACUGUUACGUUUUAUUUUAAAAACAAGAAAUUGCAACAAGAAGGAAGCAGUGAGAGCAAUAAUAUAUUAUCUGUUGACAUGGGAAAAGUGGCCGAUAAGUUACAGCAGUCAUUCCAUCCACUAAGUAAAGAGACAAGUGAUGAAGCGGAAAAUUAUGAAUUGAUCAGUAAAACCUGGGAACAAAGUGAGAAUGAAGGAGAUGAACCGAUAACAAUCAAGUAUAUUUCAGAAAUACACGGGGUUACGAAAAUGAUUGUUACUUAUUGCUUAAAUGCUGACGAACGCAAAAUAAAAGUGAGAGGAAGUGGAAAGAAAGUAACUGUUCCCUCUGAGGCAACAAAAGUUGAAGUCAGAUUUAAAGUUAGGCGUUUCAUUUGGUGGGAUAUAUUUAAGUACGAUCGUUUCGACAAGACCUGGUGCAAUCCGCCCGAGCCGCAUAUCUUCCGGUACGAGAGGCCGCGCAACCGCACAUUUACCAUUAGCGGUGAUGUGUUUGGAGCAGUUACGAGGGUUAGCGACGGGCACCACGACGAAACUAAUGACAUGUGAUUUUCUAUAGAACCUCAUACUUUCUGUAAGCAGAGGUGUAGGCAUGAGGGAGAGAUGGGCAGGGGUCCACCCCCAUUUUCCUUCAGGACCAAUUGCGUGAUUCUGAAUGUUUUCAUCUACGACAUAAAAUAUGCCAAAUGUGUGGCUUCCAAAUUCGCAAACUCUCAAAUUUAAAAAAUGUUCCGGGGGACCAUACCACGUGGCGGCCGGACGAUUAGACUGACUACGCCCCUGUCUAUAUAAGCCAAAUUAUAAUGAAGAAGAUUUGAACAUAUUUCAUUAAAAAGUUGAAAUCCAAUUUUAAAAACCAUGCAUUUCAUUGUUCACUGAAAAAUAUAAUACUCGUAAAUAUAAACUAUUGAAAUAUUCGAUGCAGUAAUAGGGUAUCGAUUAGUAUAGGUAAUAGCACGGUUUCGAGUGCAAUUUGGAUAUAACAUGCACGAGUGAGUUUUUCAAAGACCUCAAAAUAGUACGAGACCAAAGAACGAGUGCUAUUUGAGGUCUUUGAAAAACUCACGAGUGCAUGUUUAUCCAAAUUUCACAAGAAACCAUGCUAUUAUUAAUAAUUUACUUAAACUGUUCGAAACAAUUGUAGUUUCAACUUACGUUUAUAGCGAACAUUCCACUGGCAAAGUUUUCCUGGCUUUGUCAUAUCACAUUAUACAACGCCAACAGCUUGAAAAUUCCAUUAAAUGAGCUAUGUAAAUUUUGUUUGUCUUGUUUAAGGCGAAGGCUUUUCCGCCAUUAUGUUUUGAAGCAAUUUGUGACCGUUUAUACUUCUUUAAACUAAACUGCUUUAUAAACUGUGAUUGGUUGAUUUUAUCAUCACAUUGUUUUUCUACCAAUCAGAUCAGCUUGUUAC